CGUUCAUGGUGAUGAUAAUGGGCAGCCAAAUCUGCGGGGCGCGGGGAAUAAUUUUGGGGAAUCCAUGCCGAGUUGAUUCUGAUUAACAAUCUGGAUGAGGACCUCUUUGUUUUGCAGACAUCACUGUAAUAAAAUAAAGUGUCACUCAUCAACUCUUUUCCCUUUUACCUUUUUUUCUUUUCCAACUAUCUUCAACACAUGAAUCAAUCAGAUAUCUGACGAGUCAGAGUGAUCCAUCAAAUUUAAGGGAUCUUCAAUACCAUAAAAUCACGACCCCCAAUUACACAAGUCUUCUUCGUACUAUCCUACUUCCAACUCACUCCAAGUAUCUACUUUCAAACGGCUAAAAAGGCACUCGGUCGCUGAACCGAGCAGCCAGAGAGAUGGGGUCUACACAGGAACAGAAGAAGGGCAUCCGGAUAGCCAUUGACCGUGGUGGAACCUUUACAGACUGCGUCGGCAACCUGAACGGCGAGGAUGUCGUUAUCAAGCUGCUGUCCGAGGACCCAGCCAACUACAAAGAUGCACCGCUGGAGGGGAUCCGGAGGAUCAUGUCGCACUUCCUCAAGCGUGACAUCCCUCGCGGUGAGCAGCUGGACACAUCGGAGAUUGAGUCCAUCCGCAUGGGCACCACGGUGGCCACCAACGCCCUGCUGGAGCGCAAGGGCGAAAAGAUAUCCCUCAUCGUCACCAGGGGAUUCAAGGACUGCCUCACCAUCGGGAACCAGUCCCGGCCAAAGAUCUUUGACCUGGCCAUCCGCAAGCCGGACGUGCUGUACGAGAGCGUGGUCGAGAUCGACGAGCGUGUGACGCUCGAGGAUUACGCAGAGGAUCCGUACCGGACUGCCACAAAAGCAGAGGUCAAGGCCGGCACGCCCGAGGCCAGGACGGCUGACCUGGUCAUGGGGUUGUCUGGAGAGACGGUGCGGAUAUUGGAGAGGCCCGACGAGGGCAAGAUACGGAAGCAGCUGCAAGAGGUCUACGACAGUGGCAUCAGGUGUAUAGCCGUGUGCUUGAUGCAUGCCUACACAUUCCCCGACCACGAGACCACAAUAGGGAGGCUGGCCCGCGAGAUCGGCUUCCAGCACGUCUCCCUGAGCUCCGAGCUGAUGCCUAUGAUCAAGCUCGUUUCGCGAGCCACCUCGGUCUGCGCCGACGCCUACCUCACCCCGGCGAUCAAGAAGUACAUUGCCGGGUUCCAAGAAGGCUUCGCCGGUGGCCUGGGUUCGCGCAGCGUGCAAAAAACCGAGGGCUCGAGGGGCGCCCGCUGCGAGUUCAUGCAAAGCGACGGCGGUUUGGUCGACGUCGAGAAGUUCACGGGCCUCAAGGCCAUCCUGUCAGGUCCCGCCGGUGGCGUAGUCGGCUACGCCAUCACUUCCUACGACGACAACACCCGCAUCCCAGUAAUCGGCUUCGACAUGGGCGGCACAAGCACCGACGUCUCGCGCUACGGAGAGGGCCGCUACGACCACACGUUCGAGACGACCACCGCUGGCGUCACGAUCCAGUCCCCGCAGCUCGACAUCAACACGGUGGCUGCUGGUGGUGGCUCGCGCCUCUUCUUCAAGAAUGGGCUCUUUGUCGUCGGUCCCGAGUCUGCUGGUGCUCAUCCCGGCCCGGCCUGUUACCGAAAGGGCGGCCCUGCUACCGUCACGGAUGCUAACCUCUUCCUGGGGAGGCUGCUCCCCGAGUUCUUCCCCAAGAUCUUUGGCAAGAACGAGGACGAGGGUCUGGAUGUCGAGGCUAGCAGGAAGGUCCUGCAGGAGCUUACGGACGAGGUCAACAAGACUUCGGAAAAGCAGAUGACGAUCGACGAGGUUGCCUACGGCUUCCUGACCGUCGCCAACGAGAGCAUGACCAGGCCGAUUCGAUCCAUCACAGAGGCCAAGGGCCACGACUCUUCGAAGCACCGCCUCGCUUCCUUUGGUGGUGCCGGUGGCCAGCACGCUGUAGCUAUUGCCGAAGCGCUCGGAAUCAAGCAAGUCCUGGUGCACCGCUACUCCUCGGUCCUUUCGGCGUACGGCAUGGCCUUGGCCGAUGUUGUAGACGAAAGGCAAGAGCCAGAAUCAGCCGUUUGGGCUGACGACGGAGAGGUUGUCAACGGUCUCAAGACGAAGAUGGAGAAGCUCAAGGACCAGUCGCGGCAAGCAUUGCGGGAUCAGGGCUUCGAGGACAAGGAGAUUGUCUUUGAGGAGUACCUGAACAUGAGGUACCGCGGAACCGAGUCUGCUCUGAUGAUUGUCAAGCCAAGCGAAGAGGAGGUCGCAAAGACCUACAACGGCAAGGAUUGGGCAUUCGGUGAGGCGUUUGUGCGUCAACACCGCUACGAGUUCGGCUUCACGCUAGACGACAGGGACAUAAUUAUCGACGACGUCAGGGUCCGCGGCAUUGGAAAGAGCUUCAGCUACGACGAGAAGACGGUCGACGAGCAGCUCAAGACAGUUCAGCGUAAUGAGGUGUCCACCGACAGCCAAAAGAAGCACUCGGAUGCCAAGGUGUACUUUGACGGCGGUCGUCUCGAUACCCCUAUUUUCAAGUUGGAGGACAUGGCUGUCGGCGACAAGAUCCCCGGCCCGGCAAUGCUUGCGGACGGAACACAGACUAUUGUUGUAGCACCCAAGACGGCGGCGUUGAUUCUGCAGACACACGUGGUCAUCGAUAUCGAUGAGGACCAAAGAAAGACUGACGCCGAUGUCGGUGAAGGUCAGCGCGAGGUUGAUCCCAUCAUGUUGAGCGUGUUCGGGCACCGCUUCAUGGCCAUAGCCGAGCAGAUGGGACGGGCUCUGCAGAAGACGAGUGUCAGCACCAACGUCAAGGAGAGACUUGACUUUUCUUGCGCGAUUUUCGACUCGACCGGUGGUCUGGUCGCAAACGCACCUCAUUUGCCGGUCCACCUGGGAUCCAUGAGCACCUGCGUCAAACGCCAGGCCGAGAUUUGGAAGGGCAAGCUCAAGAAGGGCGAUGUCAUUGCCACCAACCACCCCUCGUACGGCGGAACACAUCUGCCGGAUGUCACAUUGAUCAUGCCCGCUUUCAACGCCAAGGGCGACAAGAUCCUCUUUUACGCCGCCUCUCGCGCCCACCACGCCGACAUUGGUGGCAUCACGGCCGGCAGCAUGCCUCCGCACUCGAGAGAGCUGUACCAGGAGGGCGCGGCUAUCAAGAGCGAAAAGUUUGUCAGCGAGGGCAAGUUCGACGAGGAGCGCGUGGUCGAGCUCUUUUACCGCGAGCCGGCAAAGCAGCCCGGCUGCAGCGGGACGCGCUGCCUGGCGGACAACAUCAACGAUCUGCGGGCGCAGGUCUCGGCGAACCAAAAGGGCAUCUCGCUCAUCGAGACGCUGAUUGACGAGUACGGCGAGCAGACGGUCGACUUUUACAUGGUGCAGAUCCAGAACAAUGCCGAGCAGUGUGUGCGGAGGUUGUUGAAGGAGGUCAGUGCUCGCUUUGAGGGCAAGGAUCUCUCUUCGGAGGAUUUCAUGGACGAUGGCAGUCCCAUCAGGCUUAAGAUCAAGAUUGAUGCCGAGAAGGGAGAGGCAGACUUUGACUUUGAAGGCACUGGACCUGAGGUUUAUGGCAACAUUAAUGCCCCUGAGGCGGUUACUUACAGUGCCAUCAUCUACUGCUUGAGGUGUUUGAUCUCGCAGGACAUUCCCCUCAACCAGGGCUGCCUCAAGCCCAUCCACGUCAAGAUCCCGCCCAAGUCGCUCCUGUCGCCAUCAGACCACGCAGCAGUGGUAGGAGGCAACGUACUCACAAGCCAGCGUGUGACGGACGUCAUUUUCAGAGCCUUUGAGGCGUGUGCGGCUAGCCAAGGCUGCUGCAACAACCUGACCUUUGGUUUCGGCAGCAACCAGGCCGGACAGGACGAGGUCAAGGGCUUUGGCUACUACGAGACCAUCUCGGGAGGCUCAGGAGCCGGACCUACGUGGGAGGGCACCAGCGGCGUGCAUGUGCACAUGACCAACACGCGCAUCACCGACUCUGAGAUCUUCGAGAGGAGGUACCCAGUCCUGCUGAGGGAGUUCUCCAUCAGGCCAGAUUCCGGUGGUGCGGGUCAGCACCGCGGCGGCGACGGCGUCAUCCGUGACAUCGAGUUCCGCAUCCCGCUGCAGGUCUCCAUCCUCAGCGAGAGGCGCGUCUACAAGCCGUACGGCAUGGCUGGCGGCGAGUCGGCAGCGUGCGGCCUCAACCUCUGGGUGAGGAAGGUUGCCAAGGCGAGCUGGGAGACCUCCCUGAAGCAGAUCCAGAACGGCGGGUCUGGUAGGGAGCAGGAGGAGGAGGAGAAGCAGAAGCAGCAGGGCGAGCAGAUCGAGUACGAAGAGAGGUAUAUCAACCUCGGAGCCAAGAACAGCGCUCCCAUGAAGGCGGGCGACCGCAUAAUAAUCAACACGCCGGGUGGUGGUGGCUGGGGUCCUGUAGGCACGGAAAAGGUGUCAAAUACGGAAAGGGACCCUGAGGAGAACUGGAAGAAGGGAAGCCAUGCUGCUAGGGAGGAGAUGGCGUUGCAGGCAUAGACGUUUCCUUUACCCGGUUACCUUUUUUUAACGUGAUUUAAUGGGAUGAUAUGAAGUACGCCGAGUUUUUGUACUUGUACAUAUGAAAGAGGGUACAUAUUUUCUCUCUAUCUGAUCAAAUACAUGAAAGAUCAGCUUACGGUCCGGAAAAAAAAGGAUGUCUGUCGUCUGACACACUCGAAUUAUGACAGGCUGAGACAAAAACACGAUGGUCUUAUCAAGACUAGCAGGCAUAAGCCUGGCUCAAUGUUAUCCAAUCUCUUGAUGCUAUCCACAUGCACGUCAGGUCCUCUCCACUUACACCGGAUGUGAUGGCCUGUGGAUUGG